AAACGGAAGUUGGAGGAACUAUGAAUGUCAAAUUGUAGCAUGGUGUGCAGCGUCUUUGGAUUAUCCAGGAGAAAUAAAAACAAUACAUAAUGUCAGGCUGCGGUUUACUUCGGAUAGCGUUGUCAACAAAGUGCAUGCAAAGUAGUGUUACAACGCUUUUGAACCCGACAAAUAUGAUAAAUAGAAUGCAAACAUGUGGAUAUGCUAAGAAAGUUGUGGCCAAAGGAAAAGGUAAGGGGAUGGUGAAGGACGAACUAUCAGGUCCAGAUGUGUGUAAAGACCCAGCCAGACUUGUAUCUUAUGCAGUGGGAGCCAACAUCCUCAAACAAGGGGAAGACCCCAAACUGAAGCCUGAUGAGGAAUACCCUGAGUGGUUGUUCCAGUUAAACUUGGGAAAAGCAAAAACAGUACAUGAGCUGGAACCCGACACCUGGGAGUAUUGGAAACGUCUGAGGAAGGAGAACAUUUGGCGCAACAACAGACUACUAAAAGGGAAGAAGUUGUAGGCUUCAGUGGACUAACGGGGGCAUCUUCCUGUGCUGCAAGGCGCUUCAUACUCUGGACUGAAUUACCAAGAAAGUGAUACAAUCAACGUUCAGAGCUGAUGUCCAGAUUAGGCAGCCUCACUUACGAAACAUGCCGUGUUGAUGCUUUUUGAAAUGUGAGAGAAAGUUGAUAACUGUUUUAGAACAUGUGUCCCCGAAGCUCAGCACUGGCUGUUUUUUAGACAAGGAAGCAGAUAAUUUCUUAAACUAAACAUGAAUGAAGGGGACCACUGUGAGCUCAUUAAAAAAAUAAAAUAACAUUAAUAACAUUCAUAGCAACAUGGAUGUGGAAUUUCAUUGGAAACAGAAGUUGAUAAAGUUGUAUUACAGCAAACUCCACUUUCAUAACCCGUCAAACAUGAUCCUAUACUUUAUAUGUUAUAUAUCACAGGAUAUUCAUAUAAUUGAAAGCGCUAAGGUAACCCAAAAAGCAGAAGUUACCUAUACCUCAUUGGAAAUGUUUGUUUUCUUUCCAUAAAUCACUUUGUUACCUUGGAGUCAUAUAUAACAAAUAAAUAUGAAUGAAUAUCCAAA